AUGACAGGAUUUAUAGAGGAUGCGACUGUGAACGGUGCCGUGAACGCCGAGCAAUGGGCGGAAACAGCCGAGGUAUGUCGUGCAGCGGCAGCACAACUCAUCAACGCCAACACUACGGAAAUCGCGUUCAUGAAGAAUACAACACAAGGUAUUCUCAUCGCAGCCAACGGUAUCGAUUGGCGAAAAGGGGACAAUGUUGUCACAACAGCAGUGGAGUUUCCUGCCAAUAUCUAUCCGUGGUGGAGUUUGAAAGAACGCUACGGUGUUCAAACGCGCAUGGUGCCGGAGCGAGAUGGAUAUAUUCAUAUUGAAGAUAUCGCUUCCGCGAUCGACACACGUACACGCGCCUUGACAAUCAGCCAUGUAGAGUUCGCCUCCGGUUUCCGAAACGAUAUUCAGGCACUCGGAGAUCUGUGCAGAGAACACGAUAUUUGGUUCAUCAUUGACGCUAUUCAGAGCCUCGGCGCGAUCGAGGUGGAUGUGAAAUCUUGUAACGUUGAUAUUCUUGCAGCCGAUGGACACAAAUGGUUGCUGGCACCGGAGGGUGCGGCGAUCUUCUACUGUGCUGACGAAAAACGCGAGCGGCUCAUUAAUACCAACAUCGGUUGGUCGAGUGUUGUAAAUCCGCGCGAUUUUCUCGAUUACGAUUUAACCCAGAAGCCGGACGCAACCCGUUUUGAGGAAGGCUCUUACAACAGCGUCGGGCUUUAUGGACUCAAGGCAGCGAUCGACUUACUCCUUGACAUCGGUGCCCUGUUGAUACUUAAUGCCUGUACCUUUCCCGGCAGCAAUCAGAAGAUUAGCAAAAUCCGUCUCACCAUCCAAAACACAUUACCUCUCCCACGAAAAAAGGUUCCGAUCGUGCUGACUGGAACGCAACUCCGAAAAGUGAACCCCGAUUUCACCUUCAAAGCCUAUUCCGUUGUUACCGGGACAGCCCCGCGAGAAGUGAUGAUUCCAGCGCAAGCAGAUGAUUUGGACUAUGACGGUGAACGCGAUCAGCUCUGCUUUCUGUUAGAUUUAGAGUCGGAAGAGACAAAAGAGAUUUCGAUUCUUUACGAUCCGAACGUCAAGGCGACAUUAACACUGGAUAUCCAUAAACAGACGCGCGCCGCUAUCUUUCCCGAACUCAACGCCGUGGCGGCAAUGGAAUCAAAUCUGAUUGCGUAUAUAUUAAAGCCGAAUGGCGCCUUCAUCGCAUACGGAAAAAAACGGGCAGAAUUGUUCAGCGUAGAUACAAUGUUUCAACCCGAAUUAGAUUACGGGAGACCGCUCUCACCAGAACUCAGAUACCAUUUUGAGAAUAACGGCGUUAUCCUCUCCCAGCAGGUCCAAAUAGAGAUAGAGAAACCGGAGCAACAGUGGGUCGUCCGCGAUCUCGAGAAUCAAGAGAUCUACUUUAUCCGAAAAUCACACAGCAGCCAAUUCGAUAUGGAACAGGAAACUUCGACAGAGGGACAGUUAGACAUUGUCAAAUCGAUCGGCUUAUCGCUGAACGCGCUUCUCAAGCCUGAAACACCCGAAAUGGUUGCACUAAAUCGUUCAGAGGGUCUAAUAGGUAUUCCACACCUGAACGGCACUUAUGGAGAGGACAGAAAACAGGGGUGGGUAUGGAGCUGGGGGACAGAUCCGAGCGACAUAGACACACUUGGCGUUGCACUCAUUUCACUCACCGAUCGCGGGGCAGAAGAUCUAAUCACAACUGUCAAUCGCAAUACAUCGGAAAGUUCUCUUUUGCCGGUCAUCCUCGUCCCAGAUGCGGAAGGCAGGCUCAAUUAUCGGGCGUUUGCUAUCUGGGGAGGCGGCAUUGAUGGAAUAGAAACCGAGACGGAAUUCGCAGAGCACGUCCAAAUCACGACGACUGCGUUGAAGACCCCACCACAUAUCAAAUUCUUGCCGAAAGAAGAAGGAGAAAAGUAG